GACGCUGUAACCGCAUUAAUUUCAGUAUCCAUUGCACACGGCCUAGAGAAGAGAAGACCCGCCUGCCCCGAGCUCGGAUUCUCUCCUCGCCUCGUUCUCGUCAUCGUCUUCCGCUAACCCCACCCCACGCUCGUCAACGGGCGAGGCAUCGACGAGUACGCCGGCGGUAAUGAAGGGCGGCGGAGCCAUCAGGAGCGGCAGCGGCGGAGGCGGCGGGCUGAUGCGGACGCGGCUGCGGCUCCCCGUGGUGCUCCUCUCCUGCUCCCUCUUCUUCCUCGCCGGCUUCUUCGGCUCCCUCCUCUUCACCCAGGAUCCACAGGGCGAGGAGGAGCUGGAGCGGCCGCUGUCCAGGGAACGGCUGAUGGAGGCGGUGUGGCCGGAGAUGGCGUAUGGGGAUUCCGGCGACCCCGCGCCUUCCUUGAUCCCUUACCAGAUUUUGAGCUGGCAACCUCGUGCACUAUACUUCCCACAAUUUGCAACAUCAGAACAGUGUGAAAAUGUAGUAAAAACUGCAAAGGCACGUCUUAGGCCGUCCACAUUGGCCUUAAGGAAAGGAGAAACUGAGGAGACUACAAAAGGAAUAAGGACAAGCUCAGGCACAUUCCUCAGUGCUGAUGAAGAUCCAACUCGAACCCUUGCAGAAGUUGAAAAGAAGAUAGCAAAGGCAACCAUGAUACCCAGGAGUCAUGGAGAGCCCUUUAAUGUGCUCCGCUAUGAGAUUGGACAGAAGUAUGCUUCACACUAUGAUGCAUUUGACCCGGCUCAGUAUGGUCCACAAAAGAGCCAAAGGGUGGCAUCUUUCCUGCUCUAUCUCACUGAUGUUGAAGAAGGUGGGGAAACUAUGUUCCCAUAUGAGAAUGGGGAAAAUAUGGAUAUAGGUUACGACUACGAACAGUGCAUUGGCUUAAAGGUAAAACCAAGGAAGGGAGAUGGCCUCUUGUUUUACUCCCUCAUGGUAAAUGGCACAAUUGAUCUGACGUCGCUCCACGGAAGCUGCCCGGUGAUCAAAGGAGAAAAAUGGGUUGCCACGAAAUGGAUUAGGAACAAGACGGUGUAAAUGAUGUUAACGGGCUCGAUGACCCGAAUAGAUCACACGCACAUAGUAACCAUUUUUGCACACGAUCAUGUACUCCUAGUACAUUACAUUUAUUCAAUUUUCAUCGGCUUUCAUUAACCAGCGAGGCAGUAAAGGAACCAACUUGUCACAGUUUCCAUGCUUAUUGACAGGUGUCUAAUCUAGCUUGCUGGGCUCGCAGUUACAAGUCUAUGUUGAUCUGUACUUGGAUUGUUAAUCCAGAAUGUGGCAUCAAAGGCCCAUUUUUUGCGAGCCAGCAGCAAAUAUGUCAUGAAGUGCGAUUUUCCAUGAUGUCAUGAAGUGCCCUUAUUCAUGAAUCAUGAUGGCUCAUCAUCAGUAUGUGUGCAUGCCAGCGCGUGCGUACAUAUGGUCAGACAGCAGCGGAAGGGGCAGGCUGGAGGUGCGAUACUACGGUGCGUUUCUCGUGUCAAGUACCCGGACAUACGUUGUCCCAUCACUCUUGUUAA